CCUUUUUUUAUAUCAUUUUUCUUGCCGUUUCCCUUUUUCUUUUUUCUCCUCACAGCUUUUUCUGCUUUCCCUUCCUCUCCCCUUUUAAAAAAGCAAAAAUGCCUUACUAUGACGACAGAGAUCGUGACCGCGGUAGACGUGGCAACCUUCGAAGACUUUACGUUGGCAACAUCAGUCGUCAUGUACGUGAACGUGACCUCGAAUCUCUCUUCAAUCGUAUCGGCAGGGUGAAAGACUUGGAAAUUGUGUCACACUUUGGUUUCGUUGAAUUUGAGGAUUCUAGAGACGCCGAGGAUGCCAUAAAGGAAUUUGAUGGCUACCGCCUCGAAGGUGAAGAUCUUCAGGUCGAAUUUGCUCGCAGGGGCCCAUUUAGAGGUUUCAGAGGCGGCCCUCCUUCCGGCUCCAGCAACGACCGUUGUUAUAACUGUGGCGAGUCCGGUCAUAUUGCCAGAGAAUGUCCUACACCGAAAGGAAGAGGUGAACGUGCCAUGAGAUUUGAAGAAAAUCGUUGCUUUGAAUGCGGUCAAACCGGCCAUUUAGCUAGAGACUGCCCUUCACGCACCGGUGGUGGAGGUGGAUCUUCCAGAAGACGCUCCGUUUCUCGCUCCCGUUCCCCGCGCUCCCGUUCCCCGCGCUCUCGUUCUCCUCGUCCCCGUUCCCGCUCGCGUUCCCGUAGCCCCAGACGUGAGCGUCGCAGCUCUCGUGACAAGGGCCGCAGCAGCCGUUACGAUGAUGAUGACCGUGGCGACCGUCUUGACGACAGACGUCGUAGCAGCGAUAGAAGAUAUUAAGUCGCUCGAACGUGGAUGGUGCAGACCUAGCCAGUUUUACUUGUAAUUGUUCUUCUGAAAAGCCCAGGAUUGUUAUCUGAAAGAAAGAAUAUGUCUGUGUCUCUGAUACAAACAACCAAAAAGAAAAAAAAAUGGCGAAACGCUUGGGGUCGAUAUAUGGCGUUCAAAAUAAUAUGCUUGGCGGCGUGGCCAUCACAAAAAGGUGCGCGUGGCGUUUUAAAAUUGUUCAAUGGCGGCGAAUCCAGCGGAUCCCGAGUGUCCUUGUUUCAUGAACUGGCAGUGCGUGCGUGGUGCUCCUCAUAUGCGUAUAAAUUUCAAGUGCACAAUGGAUUGUCUCUUUUUACAUGGUGAUCUGGUAAAA